AUGACAUCCAAGGCCGAGAAGGGCGACAUCACGCCGCCCCCGGCCCUCGAGGCCGGCGGAGCGGACGAGCUCGAGAUCAAGACCCAGCCCGCGGCCACGUACGCCGACGUGCCGUGCGACCGCAACGAGGAGGACUUCAUGACCCGCAACGGCCUCAGCCUCAAGUCCUUCCAGAAGCGCUCCUACGGCCAGAGCAUCGUCGAGCUCGACCGCACCAUGAAGAAGCGCCACCUGCAGAUGAUCUCCAUCGGCGGCUCCAUCGGCGCCGGCUUCUUCGUCGGCUCCGGCGGCGCCCUCGCCAAGGGCGGCCCGGCCACCCUGCUCAUCGACUUUGCCAUCAUCGGCAUCAUGAUGUUCAACGUUGUCUACGCCCUCGGCGAGCUCGCCGUCAUGUACCCCGUCUCCGGAGGCUUCUACACCUACUCGACCCGCUUCAUCGACCCCUCGUGGGGCUUCGCCAUGGGCUGGAACUACGUCUUCCAGUGGAUGGUCGUCCUGCCCCUCGAGCUGACCGUCUGCGGCCUCGUCGUGGGCUACUGGGACCAGCACACCUCGGUCGCCGUCUGGAUCACCGUCUUCCUCGUCGCCAUCGUCAUCAUCAACAUCUUCGGCACGCUGGGCUACGCGGAAGAAGAGUUCUGGGCCUCGGUGCUCAAGCUCUGCGCCGUCGUCAUCUUCAUGAUCAUCUGCCUCGUCCUCGUCGUCGGCGGCGGGCCCAAGGACGGCCGCUACGCCACCUACCAGGGCGCCGGCACGUGGUACAACCCGGGCGCCUUCCGCAACGGCUUCCGCGGCUUCUGCGGCGUCUUCGUUACCGCCGCCUUCUCUUUCUCCGGCACCGAGCUCGUCGGCCUCGCCGCCGCCGAGGCCCGCAACCCCGUCAAGUCGCUUCCCGGCGCCGUCAAGCAGGUCUUCUGGCGCAUCACGCUCUUCUACAUCCUCGGCCUCUUCUUCGUCGGCCUGCUCGUGCGCUCCGACGACCCGCGCCUCAUGGGCUCGGGCUACGUCGACGUGCACGCCUCGCCCUUCGUGCUCGUCGGCCUCUACGCCGGCCUCCGCGGCUUCGACCACUUCAUGAACGUCAUCAUCCUCAUCUCGGUCCUGUCCAUCGGCGUCUCGGCCGUCUACGGCGGCUCGCGCUGCCUGACCGCCCUGGCGCAGCAGGGGUACGCGCCCAAGAUCUUCACCUACGUCGACCGCUCCGGCCGGCCCCUGCCCUCGGUCGCCGUGCUCCUCAUCUCCGGGGUGCUGGCGUACAUCAACCUCUCGGCCGACGGCGAGAUCGUCUUCAACUGGCUCCUCUCGCUCUCGGGGCUCGCCGCGCUCUUCACCUGGGGCUCCAUCUGCCUGGCGCACAUCCGCUUCCGCAAGGCCUGGGCCCACCACGGCCACACGCUCGACGAGAUCCCCUUCAAGGCCGCCUUCGGCGUCUACGGGUCCUGGGUGGGGCUCGUGCUCUGCGUGCUCGUGCUCGCCGCCUCGUUCUUCCAGGGCGUCGCGCCCGCGGGCAAGGAGGGGCUCAACUCGGCCAAGGGCUGGUUCCAGGACAUGCUGGCCUUGCCUGUGGUCAUGGCUUUCUGGGUCGUGGGCUACUUCUGGAAGCGCACCGGCUGGCUGCGGACGUCCGAGAUGGACGUCGACACGGGCCGCCGCGAGCACGACUGGGACACCAUCAACGCGUACCGCGAGCGGCUGGCGCAGAUGCCUGCCUGGAAGCGCAUCUUCCAUAUGUGCAACCACCAUCACACCGCACACGACCCCCAUCCCAGCGCCCUUGCCGCCGCCGUCCGGCUCACCGGCCGCCAGCCUCUUGGACGCCGCAAACAUGGCCUCGGGGAACACCAUCCUCGACGCGCCCAGCGCCAGCGCCGCCGCGCCCGUAAGAGAGAUCAGCCACUCGCACCACCAGAGAGACGGGCUCUCCUCCCUGUGAUUUCUUCCUCCCACCACCCGUGGGAGCGGCCGCUCGCGCACGCAGAGCGCCAGGCCCGCGACCAGCAGCGCCGUGCCGUUGAGGUAGACCACGGCCGGGGAGCUGUCGGCGAAGACGUGCGCGUUGAGCUCCUCGGUGAGGCCGAGGGCCACGAGGGUCGGACCGACGAGGCGGGCGAGGUAGUAGGUUUGCUGUGGCGGCGGUGA